AUGGCUAACGAAAUACAGAUUAUUGAGAGGGAUUACGGCCUGUACUCAAGUACAUACACUGAGGAUCAUAAGAUUAGAGACGAUCGAUGCUCGCUGGAAGUCGGAGGACCGGGAGUCGAUUUACUUCAGAGAUGCGAGAAGAUAGUGAAGCUCGCCCGAAAGUACAACAUAUUAGUACUCUGUGAUGACGUAUACAACAGUCUGUGCUUUGAGAAGAAAGGUGACGCUUUCAAGAGGGCGCCAGCUAGACUAUUAAAAUACGAUGUGAAAUCUGACGGAGAUUACUUUGGCAAUGUUGUAUCGAACGGCAGCUUUUCAAAAUUACUAGGCCCCGGACUUCGACUCGGUUGGAUUGAAGCGCCAAAAGUUGUGCUCAGCAAGCUCAUGAUAAAUGGCUGUUUAAUUAGCGGAGGUUCUAUGAACCACUAUACAUCUGGAAUCGUUGGAAGUUCAUUAAAUACAGACUUGUUCAAAGCCUACCUGUCGACUGUCAGAAACACGGGAAAGAGGAAACUAGAUUCCGUCUUAGAUGUUCUUCACAAACAUUGUCCAACAAAUGUGAAAUACUCAGUACCAAAGGGUGGAUACUUCAUUUGGAUAGAGUUACCAAGUUAUGUUGAUGCUGAAAAGCUGAACGAGAUUUGUUAUGACACACACCGUGUUUCAUUCCAGCUCGGGCAUUUGUGCUCCACGGCAGGAAACUUUAAGAAUUGUCUUCGUAUUUGCUUUAUGUACUACUCAACUCAGGAACUUUGCAAAGCUACAAAAAUGUUACUUAGUACAAUUGAAUUACAACUGGAGAAGGCAUCAGAUAUUAAGCUUUAUGGGGCAUUGAAAUAAAGGCUAUCUCAGGCUUGGAGAGUUGUCUGCACCACUCCAAAUUACUAAUGACGUCCACUGAUUCUCAAUAGGCCUAGCUUCUGUGAUUACGCGAACCACAUAUCUAUGCACGAGCCUUUAGUGACUCAACAUUGAACAUAAAUAAGAAUUUAACAUCAAAGGUGACCCCUAAAUUGUAAAAAGCAAUGGCGCCUUAGCCUAUCUAAUUUGAUAGAGCAACCGAAGAGUGAUUUGAUAAUCUUGGUUUCGAAUCCCGAUUAAAAGUCAGAUUAUUAUAAUCUUAAUGAGCGAUGGAAAAGUUUCUAUAUACCUAGUUAAUAAUAUAUUUAUUUAUUCAUUAUUUAUUGCUUAUUCAUUAUUUAUAGACUUGCAUUUAGAAGAGGUGUGUCAGUGUCUUUGAGAGAAACUCCAAACUGAAUGGUACUUAGGAGAGUCUUUAGCUUGAAUUUUGAUAGCAACAAUCCGUUAUUAUAAAAUGUUUGGAUGGAUGUGGAUAUUUUUAUGUGUGUUAUUUUAUGUUUUAUAUUUCACAUAAAUAUUGGCCGUAGAUCUCACUUAUACAUUUAUAUUAUGGCACCAUAAUCUGUGGUGGCGCCAGCG